CUAGUGCAUCAUCUCUGGUUCUCUAUGUGGCGCAUGCUGAUCACAAUUUUGUCUUCAGAAACCUCUACGGGGCUCAAAAUCCCCAUCAACUUGCUCCGUACAUUGGAGUGUUUGCGUUAAUCUUAUUCAGGUGUUGGCACACUAAAUUUAAAGUCUGCUUUCUGUGAAAAAAGCGAGGACGAUGAGGUUUGUGGACACAGUGUGAAAGGUGACAAGUACAUGUACAUGUAAGCCUACAUGUACUGUACAUGUAUAUGUUGCAUUGCAGGCUUUGCCCUGUGUACGUGUGGUGCUGGCUGGAUGUGCAUGUUCACUGUACUGUGCACAUGUACUGCAGGCCUAGGCCUACAAGUUAUAACGUGAUUAAAUUUUGAACACUAGCACUAGGGACUAGAACGUCGAGGUGCAUCAUGGCUUCUGAUUACAAGAAAGUGGUGGUCAGAACUGUUCCACGUGGGGAUGCUGAAGUCUCUAAAGAAACUCAGUUCUGGAAGAAUUUUGAGUUCCCAGUCACAGUAAAAGAAUUUGGAGCAGUCACCUGUGUUGACUUCAACCCACAGAAGCCCCAUCAGUUCGCUGUCACCAGCUCAACAAGGGUGCAAAUCUUCGAUCCUCUAACAAACCAAGUGGAGAAGACCCUCUCCAGGUUCCAGGAUGUUGCGUACAGUGCCACCUACCGGGCAGACGGUAAGCUGCUGGUGGCCGGAGGCGAGGAGAAAUCAAUCCGACUGUUUGACGUCAAUGGAAGGGCCAUACUAAGGAUAUUCAAGGGACACAGUGGCCCUGUUCAUGUCACCAAGUUCGGCACGGACAACCUACACAUCAUGUCUUGCUCGGAUGACAAGUCCGUCCGCUGCUGGGAUAUCCCCAGCGAGAUGGAGACGAGACGAUACGACGAGCAUGCCGAUUAUGUCCGAUGUGGGACAGUCAGCACAGCCAGCAAGGACAUCUGGCUGACCGGCUCCUAUGACCACAAAGUGAAGUUGUUUGACCUGAGGACCCAAGCCAGCGUCUUGACGCUGGACCAUGGUCAUCCAGUGGAGAGCGUACUUAUGUUCCCUGGUGGGGGAAUGUUCUUGUCUUCAGGUGGAAACUGCGUCAAGGUUUGGGAUGCCCUCGCUGGGGGUAAGCUGCUCGCUGCCGUCAGCAAUCACCACAAGACAAUUACCAGCAUGUGCUUCAAUGGAGCUCGUAACAGAUUGCUCACUGCAUCCAUUGAUAGGCAUGUCAAGGUGUACGAUGUGGCCAGCUAUAAGCUAGUUGCUAGCCUGGACUACCCAGCUCCUAUCCUGUCCAUGGGUGUUUCGCCAACAGACAGCACAGUCGUGGUGGGUAUGUCCUCAGGCCUGAUAUCCAUCAGGCACAGGAAGCCAGAGCCCGGUGAUGCCGAGAAAACCAAGAGGAAGCUGAAACUGAGUCGGGUAUCUCAUCGGUACUACGACAGAGGUCACAAAGUCUACACCGCUCAGAAGGGCGACAUCGUCGUGAAGAAAGAUCCCCGAGACUUCCUACAGAAGUAUGACACAAUGCUGAAGCGGUUUGAGCACUCCAAGGCCCUGGAUGCAGCCCUGAAGACCAGCGUGAGAAUCAAAACCCCGGAGGUGACGGUUAGCGUACUCCAGGAGCUGGUACGACGGGGCGUCAUCAAGAGGGCCCUGGCAGGCCGGGACGAGAAGUGGCUACGUAUCAUGAUCGCCUUCCUGAAGAAGCACAUCACCAAUCCCAACUUUGCCGGCACGGUGAUCGACAUAACCAACAUGUUGCUAGACAUCUACACCCCAGUCAUCGGGGAGUCAGAGGAGCUGGUCAGUCACUUCAGGAGGCUGAAGAUAACGCUGGACAAGGAGCUGCAGUAUCACCGGACCCUGCAAGAGAUCAAGGGAAUGCUGGACACAGUACUGGCCGCAUCACAGACUGUCGAUCACGGCACUCGGGAAGACUUGGCCGCGGCCAACACUGAGAUUCCCACCGAAAGAACUGAAAGAAGUGGAAUGGCUGUACCUAUGGAGUCGUAGCGAUUGGAAUUUGAACCAUCAGCACUUGGAGCAGUAGGGCCGUACCAACAUCAAGUAUUCGAAUAUUUAUUAUUGGAAUCAAUUAUUUGAAAGUGAAAUAUACGGAAAAUAAAUUUGAAAAAAGUUCAAUUCUUAGGUAACAAGACUUCAUUCUAAAACCUCAGUUCAAGGUAAGUGCGGAUAAACCCUUGUUUUAUGACCCGACUUUCUGUCGGCGACUUGAAAAAGCAGUUGACUUCCGCCCUCAUAAAUCCUCAACAUUUUUCAUGUCAGCAAUUUUUAACAUUGACUGCCGUUUGUGCAUGAUUUCCUGUCUUCAUGUACAAUCACUACUUUCGAAAGCUAUUUCACCGUUUUCCCGAUGUCUUCUGAAUGUUUCGGGAAGUUUGUAUUUAUACAACCAAAUAUUCCGUCAAAUGAAUGGUCAAGUAUUUGAAUGCUAAAUUAUCCGAACUGACUCAGCCCUGUGGCGCACGUGGUGGUGUUCACGUCAGGACUUGUAUGCCACAUUUUCAUUUGGAUGGAGCCCUGACUGUACAAUGCCAGUAAGGCCUGUCAACCCACCUGGACACUGGAGAUCCCUACUGACAGCCGUUACAUCAUAGUUCCAAGUGACGUGUCAUUUGACGUGGUUUCAAGCUCUUCAUUUUAAUUAAUACCCAACUUCACCAAAUCCCAAAUCGUCUAAAAUAUCAGCUCAGACAUUGAGAUUCGUGUUUGAAAUCCCCACUGGUGUGUUCAAUCCUUGAACAUUCAUCGGUGCUCCAAUUUCAACCCUAGCAGUCCUUAAUCCUUCAACCGGUGAAGGAUCGAAGACUGUCAAGGUCAGUGGAAUUGUUCCCAUGCUCUAGCAGGAUAGCAUUACUGUAGUGAUUUGCAAUGAAUAUUCACCUUUAUGUAACCUGCAAUUUUCAACAAGUGCGAUAGGGUUCUUUCGUCAAACACAUCCCAGGGCAUGUCUGUUUUUCUGUGGCUGAAUUGCAGAGACAUUUUACACCUUCUCUGCCACGGAAUGUGGGAAAAAACUGCUUUCCAGGACAUAUGCCCGUACAAGGUGUGUAAUUUUAUCUUAUCUUACCUUGUUUUGGGCAACAUGCCGAUAAUGGCAAAAUUUACCUUCCAGGUUGGUAUUGGAAAUUUUUAGUACCUGUUCUAGAAAUGUUUCCCAAAUUUUACCCUGCUGGGAACAACCUGUGAUCAAUCUCUGUCAUUCCAAUCUCAAACUGCCUACCUUUGCAAGUGGUCAAUUGAUAUUUCCUUGCUGGUUGGAUCUACGCGUUCAAGACCACUAUCAGUUUGUCAGUUCAAUUUUUAUGUAAGAUGAACUUCAAAUUUGCUGAAUGAAGUGAAUAAAAUGGACAGUGGUAUUUAUACA